GACUUUCCAAGAUCUGCUCUUCACGUAGGAAGUUUCCUUCUCUGCUGUCAGAUUUAGCAGCGCGCUCCUGUCAUCAGAUCCGAGCUAGGCUCCCUGCUGCACAGUGGAGAGGCUUCCUUAAGACAUUUGUCCUUGAAACUGCACCAAACUCUUGGAAGAACCAGAACGUAGCUGACAGUUUACUGGUCCAUCGAUGAAACGACACAGAAAUAUGAAGAUGUAAGGAAACAAACCCGACACUAAUAUUGUCGCAGUUUGAAAGGCUUCUCUGCAGAAUGUCAAACAAAGAUCGACACAUUGACUCCAGCUGUUCGUCCUUCAUCAAGACGGAACCCUCCAGCCCCGCCUCCCUGACGGACAGCGUCAACCACCACAGCCCUGGUGGCUCCUCCGACGCCAGUGGGAGCUACAGUUCCACCAUGAAUGGCCAUCAGAAUGGACUUGACUCGCCACCUCUCUACCCCUCUGCUCCCAUCCUCGGGGGGAGCGGGCCUGUCCGGAAACUGUAUGAUGACUGCUCCAGCACUAUCGUUGAAGAUCCCCAGACCAAGUGUGAAUACAUGCUCAACUCCAUGCCCAAGAGACUGUGCUUAGUGUGUGGCGACAUCGCUUCUGGGUACCACUAUGGGGUGGCAUCAUGUGAAGCCUGCAAGGCAUUCUUCAAGAGGACAAUUCAAGGUAAUAUAGAAUACAGCUGCCCUGCCACCAAUGAAUGUGAAAUCACAAAGCGCAGACGUAAAUCGUGCCAGGCCUGCCGCUUCAUGAAGUGCUUAAAAGUGGGCAUGCUGAAAGAAGGGGUGCGUCUUGACAGAGUACGUGGAGGUCGGCAGAAGUACAAGCGCAGAAUAGAUGCGGAGAACAGCCCCUACCUGAACCCUCAGCUGGUUCAGCCAGCCAAAAAGCCAUUGCUCUGGUCUGAUCCUGCAGAUAACAAGAUUGUCUCACAUUUGUUGGUGGCUGAACCGGAGAAGAUCUAUGCCAUGCCUGAUCCUACUGUCCCCGACAGUGACAUCAAAGCCCUCACUACACUGUGUGACCUGGCUGACCGAGAACUGGUGGUUAUCAUUGGAUGGGCGAAGCAUAUUCCAGGCUUCUCCACUUUGUCCCUGGCGGACCAGAUGAGCCUUCUGCAGAGUGCUUGGAUGGAGAUUUUGAUCCUCGGUGUCGUAUACCGAUCCCUUUCGUUCGAGGAUGAACUUGUCUAUGCAGACGAUUAUAUAAUGGACGAAGACCAGUCCAAAUUAGCAGGCCUGCUUGACCUCAAUAAUGCUAUCCUGCAGCUGGUAAAGAAAUACAAGAGCAUGAAGCUGGAGAAAGAAGAAUUUGUCACCCUCAAAGCUAUAGCUCUGGCUAAUUCAGACUCGAUGCACAUAGAGGACGUCGAGGCCGUGCAGAAGCUGCAGGAUGUCCUGCACGAGGCCCUGCAGGACUACGAGGCCGGCCAGCACAUGGAAGACCCUCGCCGGGCUGGUAAGAUGCUGAUGACGCUGCCGCUGCUGCGGCAGACCUCCACCAAGGCCGUGCAGCAUUUCUACAACAUCAAACUCGAAGGCAAAGUCCCUAUGCACAAACUUUUUUUGGAAAUGCUGGAGGCCAAGGUCUGACUAAAAGCUCCCUGGGCCUUCCCGCCCUGCACGCUGAAAAAGGGAAAAUCCAUCCAAGAGUGAUGUCGAAGAAAUGUAGUGUGUAGUUACCAACAUCAAAAUCAGCAAUGACUGCACUGAUGGUUUAGCAGCUAGACUCUGAAGCAGCUUUCAGAUUCCUCAAGAUCUUCCCAAGGAGGGUCUUUCCCCCUGACCCCUCACCCCUUUUCCCAGGUCUCUUCCUCUUCAUCUCCAUGCCCCCCACCCCCACCCCCUGCUUCCCUCUCUGCUCACUUCUUCGUGGCUUUCUUCAAUCCUGGGUUUCGUUGCCUCCUCCCACCCUUUCUUCCAAAUGUUAAAGAGCUCUACUUAUAAGGAAGCAAUGUCCUUCCCUUCCUUUCCCUUCCUUCCUUCUGCUGCUGAACAUUUAAAAGAGGUCUCUUAACUGAUGAGAGAUGGAAGCCAGCGCUGCCAAAGGAUGGGAAUCCACACGAUGGAUACCAGUGAACUUAUUGCGAACCACGACGUCCCCAAUGACUAAGGAAUCAGAGA